CCACUUAAGUUAUAAUGAAGGAUUAUCCAUCUUCAUAGGACUAGGAGUAGAAACAGUGUCACACAGUCUGGAAGUUGAAGCCUUUUCCAAAGGCUCAAAGCUAUCAAUUAUGGCCUUGGCCAUUGCCUCUUCUGCUCUCUCAAGCUUCCCAACCAGGGAAGUGCCUUGGAAAAAUUCCCCAGGAUUAAGAGUCACAACAUGUAUGCUAGGGAGAAAUAGUACACGUGUUGGAGCAAGCAAAGGGGUGUCAAGUGUUUGUGAACCACUCCCUCCAGAUAGACCAUUGUGGUUUCCUGGUAGUUCACCUCCUGAGUGGCUUGAUGGCAGCCUUCCCGGUGAUUUUGGCUUCGACCCCCUUGGAUUAGGGUCUGAUCCAGAGUUACUAAAAUGGUUUGCACAAGCUGAACUGAUGCAUGGCAGAUGGGCAAUGCUUGCAGUAGCAGGAAUUCUGAUUCCAGAGUGGCUUGAAAGACUAGGCUUCCUAGAGAACUUCUCAUGGUUUGAGGCAGGUGAAAGAGAAUACUUUGCAGACCCAACAACCUUGCUUUUGGUGCAAUUAGCACUAAUGGGUUGGGUUGAAGGUAGAAGAUGGGCAGAUAUGCUUAAUCCUGGGAGUGUUUCCAUUGAGCCUAAAAUGCCUCAUAAAAAGAUCCCCAAGGCAGAUGUCGGGUACCCGGGUGGGCUCUUUUUUGACCCGAUCAUGUGGGGAAGAGGAUCUCCUGAGCCUGUGAUGGUGUUGAGAACAAAGGAGAUCAAGAAUGGGCGUCUUGCAAUGUUGGCCUUUGUAGGGUUCUUGUUCCAAGCCAUUUACACUGGGAAAGACCCCAUUGAGAACUUGAUGGAUCAUCUUGCAGAUCCUGGUCACGUUAACGUAUUUUCGGCUUUCACUUCACAAUACUAGUACUUUUGGACUCGAGGAGUACUACUGAUCAUGGAGGCUUGUUGCAACACCAAUUAGCUAUUUGCUUCUACGUUAUAACUUACAAGAUCAAAGCAAUUGUACAUACCAAGAAGCCACCUCUGUAAUUUGCAUUUGAUUUUUCUCAAUGAUGAUUCGAGUAUAGCUCAUCCUCAAAACCUAAUUUGAUGGAAUAAGAGAAAAGAAAAAAGGGAUUGAACUCGUGCUAA